GUAAACAAACAGAACCCGGGAAAAAUCAAUAAUUCUGACAAUCAUCCCGUGACAUAUGUGUAGAAAAUAGAAAAACAAUUAUCAAUAUGAUGCAAGAAUACGAUGACGAUUUCUUUUUCGAAGAAGACAAAAUUGCGUUAUCAAUUGUUUGAUUUCGAUUGACUCAGUAUUUGCUGGGUUUCGCUGUGUACUUUAGUGUUUUGUGAUUAUAAAUAUGUGGCAACAACCAAACGAAAUGUUUCCAUUCAACGACCCUAGGAUAUAUCCACAGUUUUAUUUGAUGCCGCAUUCUUACGAGGAUAAAAUAAAACGAGAUACUAAGUUCACUAACUCAUUAUUGUUGCCUGUAGAGGAAAGUGCUCUCCAAGAUGUGAAGAAGAUAAACGAAACUGAUAUAAAUGAUGGUUCAUCAAAAGAAAGGGAAGAUACGAAUAAUCCUGACUGUAUAUUCAAUGAUAUGCGAUAUGAAAGAUAUACAUUGUACCACCAAGAUUUAAUGGGUAUGACAGUAACAUCAGGGAGUGUGGUACUCAGUAAGGACGAGAAGAAUCUAAUCGGUAUAAGUAUAGGAGGGGGAGCGCCGCUAUGCCCAUGUCUUUACAUUGUACAGAUAUUCGAUAAUACUCCAGCAGCCAGAGAUGGUACCCUACAAAGUGGUGAUGAAUUGGUCGGAGUCAACGGCCAAUCAGUGAAAGGGAAAACCAAAGUUGAAGUAGCUAAAAUGAUACAGGCUGCCAAGGACGAAGUGACAAUAAACUACAAUAAAUUACACGCUGAUCCGAAACAAGGCAAGUCUCUUGAUAUAAUAAUGAAGAAGAUGAAACAUAGACUGGUUGAGAACAUGUCUUCUGGAGCGGCCGAUGCACUGGGUCUGUCCAGGGCGAUACUGUGCAAUGAUACACUAGUUGCCAAACUGGAUGAACUAAGAGAUACUGAGACGACGUAUAAAAGAUUAGUGGAACACGCCAAAAGAAUGUUAAAAGCCUACUUUGAUUUGCUCCAAACAUACAAGUCAGUUGGAGACAUCUUCGCCGCCAUCGGAGUUCGGGAACCUCAGGCGAGGGCAUCAGAAGCGUUCAGCAAGUUUGGCCAGUACCACAGGCUUCUAGAAAGAGAUGGUAUCAAGAUGUUGAAGGCUUUAAAACCAAUUUUAGCAGACAUGGGCACAUACCUCAACAAGGCAAUACCGGAUACGAAACUGACUAUACGCAAAUACGCCGACACCAAGUUUGAGUAUCUCUCAUAUUGUUUGAAAGUCAAAGAGAUGGAUGAUGAAGAAUAUGGAUUUAACGCUUUGCAGGAACCAUUAUACAGGGUUGAGACUGGCAACUAUGAAUAUAGACUGAUACUCCGGUGCCGUCAAGAUGCUCGAGCUAGGUUCGCGCGGCUCCGGUCCGAUGUGCUGGUAAAAUUGGAGUUUUUGGAGAACAAGAAGACCCAGGACGUAGCCUACCAGCUCAGGAGGUUCAUACAGGGACUGGCCGUAUACCACAAUGAAACUUUGGAACACCUAAAGGAAAACUCCACUCUUUUCCCUGUCGAAGUGGACUUAUCACAAAAUGCCUUCCAAUACAAAUCCACAGCUCAGACUAUACAGGACAACCCGGAAGACGACGAUGAAAUUGAAUACGCAAAAGAAAUACAAGAGUACCACGAUCUCUCCGAUAUUAAAGAAACCAAAGUUGCUAAUAGACGUCAAAAUAAAGACAAAGACGAUACCGACUCUUCUGAACAACUUCUGCCGGAACUUGAUAAUUCUGAUAAUCUCGACAAAACUGUUAAAUCUGACACUGUUGAUAAUCUGUCACUUCUAACUGAAUUAGGGCUAGCUGAUACUACUAUGGGGAGAGACAGUGAAUUUGGAGAAUUCCAAAAUGGAUUGGUCAGCGGUCUAAUGCCGACUCAAAGUGCUGACGAUGUUUUUGAUAAGCUAUUGAGUGAUCUGAAUAUUGGACAGUGAUUUUGUAUAACAGGUAUUGUUGUUUAGCAUAAUUUUAAUAUAUUUACACUGUGGAAAUGUUAUAAUAAAAGUAUUGUUUUAUUGAAUGAA